UAAAGGAAAUUAAAUCAACAUAGCAAAGCAACUGGUAGAAAAUAAGACCGUACGAACUUCAACCUAUCAACAAGCCAGUAAAAAUAGCUAAGUCUGACCCAGUGAGGUCAUCACAUUCUCAUUCACUCACACAGACGUCAGACUAACGGUUGAGUGAGGUCCUGUUUAAUUUUUGUUAUCAAACCAAAUCCACCAUACAGUUAUCAUGUCUGGUUUAGUUAAAGCCAAGAAAUAUGACUGGAAGGAUUCUAACUUAGCAUUAUUCGGAUCAGACACAGAAAAACAAGUUAAAAAGGAAUCAGCUGAAUCAGAACCAGCAUGGGCUGGAGCUGGAACAGAAGUUGGACUAAAAAUCUGGAGAAUUGAGCAAUUUCAAGUGAAAGAUUGGGAAGAAUCUGAAUAUGGUAAAUUUUAUAAUGGUGAUUCUUACAUUGUUUUAAAUACAUACAAGGAGGGUGACUCUGAUGCGUUACUUUAUGAUGUCCAUUUCUGGAUUGGUAAAAAUAGCUCACAGGAUGAAUAUGGAACUGCAGCAUACAAGACGGUUGAACUUGAUACAUUUUUAGACGAUGCUGCAGUCCAACAUCGAGAGGUUCAAGGUCAUGAAUCUGACCUUUUCAAGUCUUAUUUCCCAGAGGGAAUUACAACCAUGGAAGGAGGAGCUAAGACUGGUUUCCGCCAUGUGGAACCUGAGGAAUAUCGUCCUCGUCUUUUACAUUUCUCUGGUCAAAAACGUAAUAUCACCAUCAGGGAGAUUCCUCUGUGUAGAGAUCUUGUUAAAUCCAGUGAUGUAUAUAUUCUUGAUAAGGGUCUCAAACUCUUCCAAUUCAAUGGUGCUGAUUGCAGCAAAGACGAAAAAUUCAAGGCCAUGCAGUAUUUGAUUAAAUUGAAGGGUGAACGAGGUAAUGCUGAUUCUGAAACAUUAGAUGAAGCCGAGACAUCCAGUAGUCAUGAAUUCUUUGACAGUUUAACAGAUAGUGUACCGGAAGAAAAUGAUAGUGAUGAUGAAGAUGAUGAUGAUGACAACGUUCUUUACAGAUAUUCCAGUGGUAGUUUUGAUAAAGUUAAAGAAGGUGAACCAGUUACACGUGAUGAUCUCGCUGAUGAUGAUGUAUUUGUAUUUGAUUCGGGUAAAGAAGUGUUUGUUGUUGUUGGUAAAAACGCAUCUACUGAAGAGAAGAGAAAUGGUUUACCUUAUGCUCAUACAUAUCUCUGCAUACAUGAUGAAAAGCGAUUUGGUCGUCCAGUUACUGUUGUUACAACUGGACAGCGAUGUCCUGCAUUAGAUGCUGCAUUAGCAGCUUAGAAACAAAAAUGUAUAUGUACAUAAUAUUAGUGUUGCCAUGGUGUUGCCAUGGUUGAUAAUUACAUAUUGCCAUCGUAACAAGAAGAAUCUCAAUGGGGACGAAUAGAAAUGAACAAUAGAAUAGCUUAUUUUCUAAUAUUAGCCACACUAACACUUAUUUAUAUACUUUAGAUAUGUUUAUAAUGGCAUGAUAAAUUAUAAACUACCACCUAUGCAAUAAAAAUGGAUGUUGUAUUUUUAUUUUUUGUACUGUAUGGUUUAUAGUUUGUUAGUUUUGUCUUUUAAGCUUUUCAGUGCAAUAGUUUAUGUAUUAAAAUCGAAAUUGGUAAUAAUUAAUAAAACAUAUCGUUCAAUUUAAUUAAACCUUUUAUAAAAUGCUUUCUGUCAAUACAGAUAUUCCUGUUUUUUAUUUUAAUAAGUUUUAUUUUGAUGAAAUCAUAUGUAAUUCACAUGUUGAAGUGCUAUUGUUAUGACCAAAUUUGCAUAUUUUAAUAAUCUGAAUCAUGAUGUUAAAUUUGUCACAAAACAGAUUCAGUCAUGUUGCUUUCAAUAAUAUUCAUUCUAAGUAAACAUUCUAGGUAACUUUCACAAUAUGUCUUUCAUUGAUGGUGUUUUUGUUUCUUGUGGGUUUUUUUUGCUUUCACAAUUUUCAUUUUCUUAAGUAAUUUAUUUUAUGCAGACAAAUCACUGUGUAUUUUUCUCUCUAUUUUUUUUGUAGAUUUUGUUUAUAUUUUACUAACACAUGGUGCAUGUAAAAAAUAAAAUACAAUUAUUUUCAUGAGAAA